UUUCUCUCAUCUGGCUCACCGUUGUUUGCUUCACACAAUAAUCAGAAAAACAUCAAAGAUUCCUUCCAAAAGCAAAUGCGUAAAACGUUUACUGAUAAAAGCUGGAUUUUAUAUUUAAAAGGUUAAAAAAAAUAAAGGUCCAGGAGAUCGAGAGAGCAUGGAUGCAGGUGAUGACCAGAACACGGGCUCUACCAAUGGGAAUGCGCCGUCUGCUGGGAACUCCCGCCCUCCCCAGAUAGCCCACAUGUCUCUGUAUGAGAGGCAAGCUGUGCAGCCUUGCCUAGGAAUGACCAGUCAAGAAGAGCAUGUGCAUACUGGAGGGUUGCUGGUAUCAAAUCCUAGAUGCCAUUGCCUGCAGUUGUGCCGUGGAGCAAGGCACUUAACCCACCCCACAACAACAGCUCCCCGGGCGCCCAGUGUCGCAGCCUCCCGCACCUCUCCAGAAAAUACCUGCCCUUCAGGCACUGCAGAGACAGCCGAACGCAGCCCAGUACUUCCAGCAGCUCAUGCUGCAGCAGCAAAUCAACAGUGCCCAGCAGCUUCACAACCUGGCUGCCGUGCAACAGGCCACCCUCGCUGCUAGUCGCCAGUCCAACUCUCCCAACCACAGUGUCUCCCAAGCAACCACCACUGUCAAUCUGAGCACCACCUCUGGGGGAGGGACCAUGACCAAUCCCCGCCCCCUCGGCCCUGCCACAUCAGUGACAUCAUCAGCUCUCAGCCAAUCAGUGCUGCUGGGUGGGAACUCAGCCGGACAGGGUCAGAUGUACCUGAGAGUGAGUUGAAUGAGGAGAAGACUGAUGUUUUUGUCAAUUGAGAAGGAGCCUCUUUAUAUUCAAUAACCUCUGACCUAUGAGCCCACAGGUCAACCGCUCCCUCAGAGCACCCCUCGCAGCCUCCCAGCUCAUCUUCAUGCCUGGUGGCACAGCAACGGCUGCUGUAGCGACAGUUGCACAGCAACAGCCUCAGCAGCAACAAGAAGUCCAUCCCACCUCCAAUGCCCAAUCCGACAAUGACCAGGUGCAGAACCUGGCUCUCCACUGUAUCUCCACUCCCAGAGUGGCCGCAGUGAAGACGGAGUUUCCAGACAGGAGAGACGCAGCUAACUAUUCUCUAAGUCAACAACAACAACAGCAUCCUCAGCAGCAACAGCAGCAGUUCUCUCAGAACACCCAGCAGCAACAGCAACAAAUGGCCAACAAACUGACUAGCUACACUCAUCCCACUGCUCUCCCCAGUAUAAAUGUCAAGACUGGAAACCAGCUGAAUAUGGCCCCAACCGCUGCCACCUCAGUUCCUGCCUCCUCCUCCCCCUCUCCCACGCUCCCUCUCUCCCAGCUCCUCAUCUCCCCCUCAGGCCUAUGUCAGGCCCGGGCGGUAACCACGGUUACCCCUGCUGCCACAGUGACGCACAUCCUAGUCCCCACCUCCAACGUUCCUACCUCCUCUCAGGGCUACCCCAUAGGUUCAGUCGCCCCCAAAACUAACGUCAACACCCAGACCUUGGUGGUGCAGCCACUGCAGCAGUCCAACACUAACCUGGACAAGGUGAGCCACAGCUCUGGCCCUGUGCACAUACAGCCCAAAACCUCACAGGGUCACCGCUUACCUGUCCAGCUUUCCCCACGCCACCCUCCACCUAUCCUCCCGGCUCCGCCCAACAUGGGGGUCCACCACCCGCCCCAUGUCCCAGUCCAGCUGGUGGGAGCUAGGCAGGGCUCAGUAGGAAACUCCCAGGCUUUGGCACAGGCCCGAAGCUGCUGCCCCCAGGACAACGGCAUCGCUAUAGCCUCUCCUGGAGGGAACACCACGGCAAAGCCUGCAAUUGGCUCAUUGAAGAGGAAGUCGGAAACUGAUGCAACCAAUGAGAUGGCAGUCGAACCUUCCCAACUUUCCUGUCCACCAAUGAGAGAUUCCGCCCCUCUAUCUCCCGCCCCCACGAUGGACUCAGCUCCUAAAGUAGUGCCAGCCUUCUCCUCUCCCCCCACCCUGUCUCUACCCCUGUCUUGGGGGGUGGGGGGUCAGGGAGACAGAGCCCCUCUUCCCCAGGCGGUGGUCAAACCUCAGGUCCUCACCCACCUCAUAGAGGGUUUUGUCAUCCAGGAGGGAGCUGAGCCUUUCCCUGUGACUGGGCCAGUGAAGGAGCCACUAGCCAUGGGUGUUCAACAGGCUGACAAUGGAGGCCCUGCAGUGUUGAAGUGUGAGUACUGUGAGAGCUUGGCUCCAGCCAGCCAGUUCAGGGGCUCCAAGAGGUUCUGCUCCAAGUCCUGCGCUAAGAGAUACAAUGUGAGCUGCAGUCAUCACUUCCAGGUCAGUAGGGGGCGAGCUUCUGCACGGCCGCCUGGUCCUCCCGUUCCCCCAGACAACAUCGUCAGACGCAGGGGUCCUCGCAGGAGUAGCUCGGAGAUCGCCUGCGCUAAAAUAGCCGGCAGACAUUUGCCUGUCAAGGAGUGUCGUUCUGAGUCCAGUCGCUCAGAGGAUGUGUCCAGUUGUGACGAGGAGGAGGAGGAAGAUUCCCCAUCACUCUCCCCUAGCUCCUCCCUCUCCUGCCCUAGGCCCGCCCACUGCGAUCCCCAUUUGGACGACUCAGCUCAAGGCAGCCUCCCAUUGGAUGAGGCCAACUUCCUGUCUGGGAGCCCCGCCCAUUGGGGUGUGGAGGAGGUCUGCAGGUUCAUCUCUUCACUGCAAGGUUGCGAGGAGCUGGCAGCCCAGUUCCUGUCCCAGGAGAUUGACGGACAGGCCCUGCUGCUACUCAGAGAAGAACACCUCAUCUCCACCAUGAACAUCAAACUAGGACCCGCCCUCAAGAUCUGUGCCUUCAUCAACAGCCUACGAGACUGACGGGGGAAGGAGGGAGGGAUGAGGAAGAGGGGUUCCAAUGAACAUUCAAACUGGGACCCACACUAAAGACUUGUAUUAGUGACGUUCAAGCCUGAGACCAAGACUGGAAGGGAGGGGAAAAUGGGGGUUGAUUUUAAUCAUAAACCUCAAUAAUUUUAGAAACUAGAUAAAGAGAAGGGGGUUGAAUAUAGGUAAGAGGGGAAAUAAUUAGGAUAUGCUUAGACUUUCCUGGACAUGGAAUGUGCAAAAAAAUCUGAUAGUCUGUCUUUAGAGUUCAUGUUUGUGAGGUAAACUGACAAAGUAUGGGUGAGUUCGUGUGUGUGUCUGUCAGGAGAAACAUAUACUCAUGUGACACUGCAAACGUGGUCACCUACAGUAACCGUGGCUAGCUAGCUAGGACAGUUCAAGUUGCCUUUCUCUACAUUUCAACGGUGCUAUAACCAUAGUGUUAUUAUUGAAAAUGGUCCAUUUCACUUUUCUUUUUACAAAGUGUAUUUGUAAUGUUAAUGUAGAUGCCAGGCUCUAAUUAAGUGUAUGAAAGGACAUUAAAGAGCUUUCACUUUUUUUAUUUUUUUUACCAGAUAUGACCCUGUUUUAAAGCUUUGAUCUUUUGUACUACAAUCAAAGUUAUUAUUUUGGUGUGGAAGUUUUCAUGGAGGGGGAUGUAGUGAGUAUUAGUAACUGACUGAACUACCUGAAUAUGGGUAUUGUUACUGGAACUAUGCUCUUUAGCUCUGAGUGUUGUUUGUAUAUGGCUGCUACAGAUUCAGGGCUAUUCAAUGCAGGUCCUGGAGGGUGGAAACACUUCUGUUUUUUGUUUCUACUUGGUAGUUAAUUGCACUCACCUGGUGUCUCAGGUCUGAACCAGUCUCUUAUUAGAAGAAUAUGAAAAUUAGAAAUGUUUCAGCCCUCCGGGACCGGAAUUACACUGAUCAAAAAUAUAAACACAACAUGUAAAGUGUUGGUCCCAUGUUUCAUGAGCUGAAAUAAAAGAUCCCAGAAAUGUUCUGUA